UCUGCUUUUUUUUCCACUGUGGAGUUCAUCACCCAAUUGAAACAUUGGGUUUAAAAAUGGAGCAAGUUACCCUCACUGGAAACAUCUCAUCUAACAGUUUAACCCACACAGACCUCCUGUCUCAAAGGGGAUACACAAUACUGGCCAUGAUCAUGGGUGUGUUCUCCUUGACGGGGAUCAUCUUCAACAUCCUCGUGAUUGUGCUGACGGUGAGACACCGAAAGUUAAGGCAGCCGCUGAGCUAUGCCCUGGUUAACCUUGCUGUAUGCGAUCUGGGCUGUGCUGUGUUCGGAGGCCUGCCCACCACUUUCAACAGUAUCAUGGGACGCUUCAGCCUGGGUCGGUCGGGCUGCAUCCUUGGGGGCUUUGCUGUUUCCUUUUUUGGUAUCUCAGGUCUUUGUACAGUAGCUGUCAUUUCUGUUGAACGUUACAUCGUGGUGUGUAAUCCCAUGGGGGCUGUUCUUUUCCAGACCAGGCAUGCAGUCGCAGGCGUGGUCCUCUCCUGGGUUUGGUCGUUUGUGUGGAACACCCCGCCUCUGUUUGGGUGGGGGAGUUAUGACCUGCUGGAAGGAGUUCAAAUUUCCUGCGCACCAAACUGGUACAGCCGCGAUGCUGCUGACAUGUCCUACAUCGUUAUCUACUUCUCUCUGUGUUUUGCGGUGCCUUUCUCCACAAUCAUAGUGUCCUACUCCAGACUUUUAUGGACCCUUCACCAGGUCACCAAGCUGCAAACUUCUGAGAGCAAGAGGACUGACUGUGCAGAGAGGCAGGUUGCACGCAUGGUUGUGGUGAUGGUUCUGGCCUUCCUGGUCACAUGGCUGCCUUACGCAGCAAUGGCCCUGGCUGUAAUCAUGGACUCCAGUCUUUAUAUAGACCCUGUCAUUGCCACCAUACCUGUUUAUUUAGCCAAGAGCAGCACUGUCUACAACCCCAUCAUCUAUAUUUUCAUGAACAGACAGUUUCGGAGCCAUGUCGCUCCUGCUCUUCUGUGUGGAUGGAGCCCGUGGCCCUCUGAAGUCCAGAUAUCUGGUGCUACCACCACCGUAGCUUCAGUAAAUAAAAGCAACAAGGUUGUUCUGGAAUAAUCUUCAAAAGAAUAAAAAGACUUUUAGAAGGAUUGGUUUAAAUAGUGAGUUAUACAGUUACACACUGCCACCAGAUGUCAGAGUGAUAUAUUGUUAAAAAAAAUGUACAAAAACUGUGAAAAGAAACCAACCAGUUGUUUCCAUGAGUUCAUACUAUAUUAAGUUUUAAAAUAUUUACCAUUAGCUCGCUUUUCACUCUAUUUGUUUAUCUGUACUUUAUUAUUUGUGAUAUGAUGAAUUAAAUUUAUUGUCCGCUGUUUCUGUGUUUUGUAAAAUUUCUUGUUAAAUUACCAUCACUAUUAGCUGUUGUUAUGGAUAUGGAGUGCUGCCAGCUUGAACAAAUAACACGGAGGGCCUGGUUGCCUUGCAGCAGAUUUACUUGAGAAAAGGAGAAGAGGAGUCGAGUCGUAAACUUAAAUUUAAUAAAUUAAAAGCACGAUGGGUACCGUCUUAUUUGGAAGUGGACAAUUAAAUAUAUGUCAUUUCCUUACAUAACUUUGUCAUAUUUUUAUGACCGAUUCAGGGUGUUGAGCUGGAAAAUCAAAUCACAUAUAUUUAUCGUCAAGUAUUACGGUUUGAUCAGAAAGUCAUGCCACCUUCUCAAAUAAACACAUGUGCAAUCGAACAAUUUCCAUGGCUUUUUAUUGAUUACAGAAAUAUUGCUAGGACUUUUAUUAAAGAAAGCAAAAAAAAGGGAAAAAAAUCUAGAAUGUGAAUAGCUGUAUCAAACCUGUACAUUUCUAUAUAUAUACAGAGUGAAGGAUCAUCUAUGUACAUGCUACAUACUGUCACACUCUAGGAAAAUAAGUAGUCCUUACAACAGGCAAGGGCAUGGGAUCGCUUGACUUUGUUCUAAAUCCAUUUCAGAGAAAAUGCAGAAACGACCCAAGGUCAGUGUCCGAAGCAGAUGAAACUCAGGCCUUCUGACAGAUACAGUACAAGUUGACAAGUCAGCUAACUGGUGUGUAAAAACAGUUGUGUGCUUGAACACCUGGUGCUUGGGAGGAGCGACGUUGGCCGUCCAGGUUCUGGCAGCCUGUAAUACCAAAAUGGAUGAAUGAACAGUGCAGUGCCCUCCACACUUACUGGCACACCAAGUAAAAAGUAUGGAGGAACUAAAAUGAUUCAAAUAACUUUUUUUUAUUUUUAUUGCAGUGACAUAAUCUCACAUAGAAAAUUCUGCAGAAGUUCCCUAACAAUGAUUUGUAGAUUUUCCUUUUUUUUUUUUACCUCCCUUAAUGUCCAUGGUAACAAAAUUAACUUGGGUUCUUGUUAGUCUGUUUCAGUUGUUUUUAUCUUUUUAAUUGUUGCUCUAACUAUAUAUUUUAUGACUUACACAUACAAAGCCAUAACAGAAAGUUUCAAAAUUAAAUAAAAAAUUGAAAGUUGUUGCUGUGUUUAGGUUAACAUCUAAACUCAAAAUAACUUUGGUUACAAUUAAUUAAUUGGAAUAGUUAUUAAUUUUGUAAAAAAAAAGAGUAAACAUAAAUUACGUUUUUUUCUGCUGAAUGAAUAUGUUAAAAUUAAAUCAUUGUUCUACGACUUCAAAUGCACUUCAGAUUAGUUCACUGCAAUAGAAAUAUACAUUUUUUGCUGUAUUUUAAUCUUUUUUUUCCCCAAUUGAUUUUGCUAUUCCAAUCUUUUUACAAGGGCGUGGCAGGACAUACGGAGGACGCUGCAUGUCUGAGUGCCUAAAUACUGUGUCUCAGCUGACUUAGGUUUGUUGUAUAACCUCUCUUCACAUUCUUACACUGUGUUGUCAUUGUCUUUGCGAUGUUUUUGGUACAGUCUUCUGGUUCACUCUAUGUGUUGUAGGGUGUAAUAUUCAUGUGAUAAAAUCAUUUCCCAUGCAACACGUCCUGCGGCAGCUACUCCACAUACCAACAUAAAAACGUGUGUUUAAUACGGAAACAUGCUGAGAAAGAUGACGGGAGAAGGACGCAAUGUAAGGUAGUCUCUGAACAGCAACGUUACAGUGGAUCUAACAGAGAAUGAGUGACAACACAGACUGAAAUUCUUUACAUACAGUUUAAACCAGCAUCGCAAAAGGACUUCGGACCAUGAUUUGCUCUACUGGGGAAACACGCGAUCACCUGCACCUCACAGCAUCCACAGAAUAAACACGAGCAAAAAGUCCUGAGCUCAAGGAAUGUGCAACAUGUCCCCAGCUUAUCACCCACUGUUAAGACUGAGAACAGCAUCCUGGAAUAAUCAUUGCUUCUUCUGAAAAAGUAAAUCUCAUGAUCAUAUAUACAGAUUUAUAAAAAAAAAAAAAAA